GAUGCCGCAUCAUCAAUACGUGGAACACAAGAACACUCGCGGCAUAAUGCUUGUGCUGCGGCUGGUGUGGUCAUUUGCCUAUCUGUGGGUAAUGCUGCAUGCGGCCAGUGUGGUCCCCACGGUCAAUGAGAGCUUGGAGAGCUCUGGGCUCUGGAGCCAUGAACAAACGAUUCUGAUCUCAUAUAAAUCUCUAGCAUUCUUCAACAUACGCGGUGAUAUCGUACACCUCUGCACAACGGCAGGUAUGCUGAUCUUCCCCUACCUGUGCUCUCGGAGCUUGCACUCCUCUCCGUAUCGACUACUGAUGUUUAUUAUGCCCUACAUGUGGUCAUUCCUCUUUCAAUGGACAACAAGUGUGCCGAUGAUCUGCUGGACUCUAGUUAUUUUGAUCAGAGACUAUGAGAUCGACAGUCUGCGUGAUGUGUUUCUGGAGGUUGCCAAAGUUCUGGUCUUCAAAAUAUUGGUGCUAGCCAAUUUCAGCUCCAUUAUGAUUCGCACUUUUGCUCUGCUGAAGAUUCUCGACGAACAAGACGAAGAAGGCAUCGUGAAUGUGGCCAAUUUGGGCGAACAUUUGAAUUUAUUCCUGCGCAUUUGACCUCAGAUCUCUCUACACAUAGAGUUUAAAUUGUGCUUUUCCCCAAU